AUGGCGGACUACAACAAUACCACGUUUGGCAACUUUACUGGGAAUUCAACCAACAAUACAGACGAAGUGACUACGUUAGAACCGAGAGCUCCGAGUAUUGCCGAGGCUAUUUUAGCCGCCCUGAUUGUUCUAAUAAUAUGCUCGACUCUGGUUAACAAUUUUUUCGUGUUGUUCGUUUUCGGAAAAGUGCCUCGUCUCCGCACGCCGGGGCCCAUGUACUUCCUUGUAUUGCUAGCGAUAACUCAGUUCUUUGGCGUGAUUUUCUCUCUCGUCCCGUCUCUCGUCUCGGUCAUCAUGGGCGGUGAGUGGAUCAUGGGGAAUGUCUUCGAUGAUGUAUCGGCCUACAUGGCAAAUCUAUGCUACCACCUAACCGUUCACACCUUGGGAAUUAUCUGCUUUGAGCGCUAUCUGAGAAUAUGCAGACCUCUAAAGCACGAAGAAAUCUUUUCUGAGACGGUGACAGUUAUUAUUUUGUUCGGGAUCAUUUUCUUCGACUGUGUGCUGGCUAUUUUCCACUCAUAG